AGUUCACAAAAAGACCGUGAAGGCAGCAUCGCCGUCAGUCUUCCGCUUGUUGUCGGAUACGCACACAGCCACUCAACAUGAGCGCUUCUGUUAUUGUCCGAAGGUUAGCCGCUCUGUCGGGGGCUUCAGCGGUGGCAGCCGGGGCAUACGGGGCUCACGGUUUCAAAAACAGCGACCCUGAUGACUACCAGAGAGUGCUAUUUGAAACCGCCAACAAGUACCAUUUCUACCACAGCCUGGCCCUGCUGGGGGCUGCCCACUCUGGCAAACCUGCUGUGGCUGGGACCCUCCUGAUAGCAGGCAUGGGGAUGUUCUGUGGCUCUCUGUACCACCAGGCCCUGACAGGGGACCCUGGCCUACGCAAAGUGGCUCCCAUGGGGGGCGUAGCUAUGAUCGUUGGCUGGCUGGCCAUCAUUCUCUGAACUGCAACAGCUCACAACCCGUCCACAGGGCCACCGUGUGACACUAAACUGUCAGACUGUUAAUGGAUGAACUGGAGAGAGUUGUGAGAGUUGGCCGAAGUGCUGAGUUAUGCCACAAAUCUAACCGCUCCCUGUCCUGGGUUGUGGGUGUCAGCAGAAGAUAAGGUCACAACAGGAUUAUCGCUUUUCUACCAUUGCUGUCUGUGUCAGACUGGUGCCCUUUGACUGUUUUUGUUUGAGUUGAAAUGGAAUAGCAAAUUAAUUCAGUAUGUCACGCAUGUACAAUUUGUUGAUCUGACAUUUUCAAUGGCAUGUCAAUUCUGUGCUGGGGCAGAAAAUCACUAAUGAGCUAAUAGAAAUUCCCAGCGCUAUACAUAGGUUUGUGACUGUGAAUGAUACAGUAGUAUAUCUUGUUUCUUUAUUUUUACUAUAUUUUCCCCGACUGCAAUAAAUACAGUUUAUAUUUCUGUAUAUUUAUACAGCGUAGGUAUGGCAAAUAUAGUAAAAAUAAAGAAAGAAACAUGAAGGAUUUAAAAUCAAAUAAAUACUUUUUCUUACA